CCAAUGGGAAGCGCUGUCUCGUCUGCGAAGUGGCAGCGGCUCCCUGCGACGGCGGGGCGGGGUCCCGGGUUCGAGCCCGAGUUCCCCGAGAAGGGUGUGUGCUGAUCACCAUGCAGACAAACAUUGAAGCCUCUCGUCCUUCUUCCCUGGCCACCACCUCAGCACCUCUGUGCACACAGAGGCACUGAGGACCAGAAUGGGGACGUGCUGUACUGCUUAAGCCACAUCUGCAACCCCAGGAGCAUGCCUCUGUGUCAGUGGAAAGCCAUGGCCAAGGCCCGCAAGCCCAGUGGGGUGGAUGCUCAGCCCAUGGCCUCCGUGGGAGGCCUGAAGGUGCUUCUGCAUUGGGCUGGCCCUGAUGGCGGGGAGCCCUGGGUCACCUUCAACGAGCCCUCACUGACUGCCGAGGAGAUCUGCAUCCGAAUCGCACACAAAGUCGGGAUCACGCCACCCUGCUUCAAUCUCUUCGCCCUCUUUGAUGCCCACACCCAAGUAUGGCUGCCCCCAAACCACAUCCUAGAUGUGUCCAGAGACACAGGCCUGAUGCUGUAUUUCCGCAUGAGGUUCUAUUUCCGGAACUGGCACGGCAUGAGUCUCCAGGAGCCAGCUGUGUACCGCUGUGGGUUUCCGGGGACCGAACCAUCCUCAGAUCGGGCAGAGCAGGGGGUACAGCUCUUGGACUCAGCUGCGUUUGAGUAUCUCUUUGAGCAGGGCAAGCAUGAGUUUGUGAAUGAUGUGGUGUCCCUGUGGGACCUGUCCAGCGAGGAAGAGAUCCACCAUUUUAAGAACGAGAGCCUGGGCAUGGCCUUUCUCCACCUGUGCCACCUUGCUCUGUGCCGCGGUGUCCCCCUGGAGGAGGUGGCCAGGGAGAUCAGCUUCAAGAACUGCAUCCCGCGCUCCUUCCGCCAGCAGAUCCGCCAGCACAACGCGCUGACCCGGCUGCGCCUGCGCACUGUCUUCCGCAAGUUCCUGCGGGCUUUCCAGCCGGGCCAGCUGUCUCAGCAGGUGGUCAUGGUCAAGUACCUGGCCACCCUCGAGCGCCUGGCGCCCCGCUUCGGCACUGAACGCGUACCCGUGUGUCACCUGGAGCUACUGGCCCAGGCUGAGGCAGAGCCCUGCUAUAUCCAAGACAGAGGGCAGGGCCCUGUGGACCCCAGCCCCGAAUCGGCCACCGGGCCCCCCACCCACGAGGUGCUGGUGACUGGUGUCGGUGGCAUCCAGUGGCGGCCAGUACAGGCUGAGGAUUCCAAGGGUGGCAGCAGCAGCAGCAGGAACCCCAUGCCCACUCUGUCCAGGAAGAAACCCAAGGCCCAUGAGGAGGGUAAGCAGCUGGUGGACAGGCCUCGGGAACCACCGUGGACCUACUUCUGUGACUUCCAGGACAUCUCUCACGUGGUGCUGAAAGAGUGCCAUGUCAGUAUCCACCUACAGGACAACCAGUGCCUGGAGCUGAGCCUGCCUUCCCGUGCUAUGGCCCUGUCCUUUGUGGCACUGCUGGAUGGCUACUUCCGCUUGACCGCUGACUCUAGCCACUACCUGUGCCACGAGGUGGCACCGCCACGGCUGGUGAUGAGUAUCCAGGAUGGUGUCCAUGGACCUCUGCUGGAUCCGUUUGUGCAGGCCAAGCUCCGAACUGAGGAUGGCCUCUACCUCAUCCACUGGAGCACCAGUCACCCCCACCGCCUCAUCCUCUCAGUGGCCCAGCGGAACCUGGCACCCAGCACGCAGAGCUUGCGCCUCAGGAAGUUCCCCAUCACGCAGCAGGCCGGGGCCUUCGUGCUGGAGGGCUGGGGCCGCUCCUUUGCCAGCGUGCAGGAGCUGCGGGUUGCCUUGCAAGGCUGCUCUCUGCGGGCUGGGGACGACUGCUUCUCCCUGCGCCGCUGCUGCCUGCCCCGGCCGGGAGAAAUCUCCAACCUUAUCAUCGUGCGGGGGUCUCGGACCAGCACCAAGCCACUGAAUCUCAGCCAGCUCAGCUUCCACAGGGUGCACCAGGAUGAAAUCACCCAGCUAUCGCAUUUGGGCCAGGGUACAAGGACCAAUGUGUAUGAGGGUCUCCUGCGAGUAGGGGGCCCUGAGGAAGGACAAGCAGACAGCGGGGCCCCAGAACCUGCUGGGGGCCGUGUGCAGGAGCUACGUGUGGUGCUUAAAGUACUGGAUCCCAGUCACCACGACAUCGCCCUGGCCUUCUACGAAACAGCCAGCCUCAUGAGCCAGGUCUCCCACGCGCACCUGGCCUUCGUGCAUGGCGUCUGUGUGCGCGGCUCUGAGAAUAUCAUGGUGACAGAGUAUGUGGAGCACGGGCCCCUGGAUGUGUGGCUGCGGCGAGAGAGAGGCCAUGUGCUCAUGACGUGGAAGGUAGCAGUGGCCCAACAGCUGGCCAGUGCCCUCAGCUACCUGGAGGAUAAGAACCUGGUUCAUGGUAACGUGUGUGGCCGUAACAUCCUGCUGGCUCGCCCGGGGCUGGCGGAGGGCACCAGCCCAUUUAUCAAGCUGAGUGACCCUGGCGUGGGUCUGGGCGCCCUCUCCAGGGAAGAGCGGGUGGAACACAUCCCCUGGACGGCUCCUGAGUGCCUGCCUGGUGGGAACAACAGCCUGAGCACCGCUGCUGAUAAGUGGGGCUUUGGCGCCACCCUCCUUGAAAUCUGCUUUGAUGGGGAGGCCCCUCUGCAGGGCCGUGGCCCCUCUGAGAAAGAGCGUUUCUACCAGAAGCAGCACCAGCUGCCUGAGCCCUCCUGCCCUGAGCUGGCCACACUCACCAGCCAGUGCCUGACCUAUGAGCCCGCCCAGCGGCCAUCCUUCCGCACCAUCCUGCGCGACCUCACUCGGCUGCAGCCCCACAAUCUCGUGGAUGUCUCUGCUGUGAACCCGGACUCACCUGCCUCAGACCCCACGGUUUUCCACAAGCGUUAUUUGAAAAAGAUCCGGGAUCUGGGCGAGGGUCACUUUGGCAAGGUCAGCCUGUACUGCUACGACCCGACCAACGAUGGCACCGGCGAGAUGGUGGCGGUGAAAGCCCUGAAGGCGGGUUGCGGCCCCCAGCUCCGCUCGGGCUGGAGGCGGGAGAUCGAUAUCCUGCGCACGCUGUACCACGAGCAUAUAGUCAAGUACAAGGGCUGCUGCGAGGACCAAGGCGAGAAGUCGGUACAGCUCGUCAUGGAGUACGUGCCUCUGGGUAGCCUCAGAGACUACUUGCCGAGGCACAGCGUCGGGCUGGUCCAGCUGCUGCUGUUCGCCCAGCAGAUCUGCGAGGGCAUGGCCUACCUGCACGCACAGCGCUACAUCCACCGAGAUCUAGCUGCACGCAACGUGCUACUGGACAACGACAGGCUGGUCAAGAUCGGGGACUUUGGACUAGCCAAGGCCGUGCCUGAAGGCCACGAGUACUACCGUGUGCGCGAGGACGGAGACAGCCCUGUGUUCUGGUAUGCCCCAGAGUGCCUGAAAGAGUGUAAGUUCUACUAUGCAUCUGAUGUCUGGUCUUUUGGGGUAACCCUCUAUGAGCUCCUGACACACUGUGACUCCAGCCAGAGCCCCCCUUCGAAAUUCAUCGAGCUCAUAGGCCUCACCCAGGGCCAGAUGACGGUGCUGAGGCUCACUGAGUUGCUGGAACGAGGAGAGAGGCUCCCCCGACCGGACAGGUGUCCCAGUGAGGUUUAUCUUCUCAUGAAGAACUGUUGGGAGGCAGAGGCCUCCUUCCGCCCUACCUUCCAGAACCUCAUACCCAUCCUCAAGAUGGUUCACGACAAGUACCAAGGCCAGGCCCCCUCAGUGUUCAGCGUGUGCUGAAGUUCAAAGGCAGCUCAGCUUGGGGCCAUGACCAGGCAGUACUCACAGAGGGCCUCCAGCACACACCCUAAAAGGAACUCAGCGGGGAAAGUGGCCUCACCACCCAUGGGCCUUACUCCUUUCUGAAGACCCCAUCGCUAUGAACUGACUUCAUUUCUGUGGCCAUGACCCUGAGAGACCCAGGAUGGGCAAAGGGCUAAUCAUACCCUUGAAUCCUAUCCUUUUGGGUUCUCCUACCUCCCACACGCAAGACCCACCAUCUCCACUAGGUGGUAAGGAACUCCUGCUGGAGGUGGAGGUCUCUGGGGCCCAUCUUCAGCCAGAUGGGCUACCUGGGGUCUGCUCUGGGGACUGCAGCUCUAGAGCAGGACCCUUGGACAGGUAGCAUUCAACUUUUUGGGGGUUUUUGUUGUUGUUUUGGUGGGACUAGGGUUUGAACUCAGGGCUUUGCACUUGCAGGUGCUCUACCGCUUGAG